CCGGUGGUGGGAAAGUGAACGAAACCAGAAUUAAAGCGGCGCAACCUGAUGCAGGUGGGAUUCCUGUGGAAGAGGGAAGGCAGGCGACUGGCUAGGGCCCGGCGUGGGAGGCCAGCGGAGCAACAACUGCAGAAGCAGGCAGUGGUAGAGAGGGAGUGGUGCGGGGAAGCGCCGAGACGGAGGCGCAGUCCGACCCUCUCAGGGUUAGUGAAUGAGGCUUUCCACCCGGGCCGUUCCGGGGACUGUGUGCUGCGGGUCUCAGCAUGAGUGCGGGCCCCGGCUGUGAGCCCUGCACCAAGCGUCCCCGCUGGGGCUCCGCCGCAACUUCUCCGCCAGCCGCCUCGGACGCCCAGAGCUUCCCGGGGCAGAGGCGCGUUCUCGACCCCAAGGACGCUUGCGUGCAGUUCAGGGUCCCACCGUCCUCUUCAGGCUGCGUCCGCGGGCGGGCGGGACCGCACAGACGCAGCGCCACCUCGCUUGCUUGCAUAGUAAAGAAAACAACAAUACGAGUGUAGAAUCCAUGAUGAGUUCUAUACAAAAAGAUAAUUUUUAUCAACAUAAUAUGGAAAAACUAGAAAAUGUUUCUCAAUUAAAUCUUGCUAAAUCACCCAUUGAAAAAAGUACACAGUAUUUAAACCAACAUCAGUCUGCAUCUAUGUGUAAGUGGCAAAAUGAAGGGAAAUCUACAGAGCACCUUUUGGAAAGUGAACCUCUGACAGUAACUCUGGUACCAGAGCAAUUAGGUAAUGCUAAUGUUGACAAGUCACCCCAAAAUGAUGACCACAGUGACAUAGAUAGUGAAGAAAAUAAAGAUAAUCAACAAUUUUUGACACCUGUGAAGCUUGCAAAUGUAAAGCAGACUGCAGAAGAUGAACUGAGUAGAGAAACCAAAAACAACCAGAAGUUGAUCACAUCUUGUCAUGCUGUGGGAGAUUGUGCAAGCUGUCAUCCUGAAGAGAUAGAUUUGCCAGAGAGUCCUUUGUCAGAUGUUGGUUCAGAGCACUUCAUUACUGAACUGAGAAAUGACAACAAAUUGAAUAGACAGGAAAGUAGCUUGGGGAAUUUUCCCCUUGAGAAGGAAAGUGAACCCGACUCACCAAUGGACGUAGAUAAUUCCAAAAACAGUUGCCAGGACUCAGGAGAUGAAGAGACAAGUCUAGGUCUUGAUGAACAGGAAGAGGGUCCUUCAUCCCAAACAGGACCUAUACCUUCAAGGUUUCAAGCAAGAGAAACUGACGCUGAAACUAAGAAAAGGUGCUCUACUAAGGGAGGGGAACUAAGACUACAUUUUCAGUUUGAAGGUGGAGAGAGUCGUACUGGAAUAAAUGAUUUAAAUGCUAAAAUAUCUGGGAGAACUACAAGUCUGAAUGUAGAAUGCAGAAAUUCUAAGCAACAUGGAAAAAAGGAUUCUAAAAUCACUGAUCAUUUUCCAAGAACACCCAAAGCAGAGGACAAAAGAAAAGAACAUUGUGAAGUCAAACAUCAAAGAACAGAAAGGAAAAUUCCUAAAUACAUUCCACCACACCUUUCUCCAGAUAAGAAGUGGCUUGGAACUCCUAUUGAGGAGAUGAGAAGAAUGCCUAGGUGUGGAUUCCAGCUGCCUCUCUUGAAACCCUCUUGUAAUCACACAGUAACUGUUCGGGUGGAUCUUUUGCGAGCAGGGGAAGUUCCUAAACCAUUUCCAACACAUUAUAAAGAUUUGUGGGAUAGCAAGCAUGUUAAAAUGCCUUGUUCAGAACAGAAUUUGUAUCCAGUGGAAGAUGAGAAUGGUGAGCGAACUGCUGGAAGCCGGUGGGAGCUCAUUCAGACUUCACUUCUCAACAGAUUCACACGACCCCAGAACCUGAAGGAUGCUAUCCUGAAAUAUAAUGUGGCAUAUUCUAAAAAAUGGGACUUUACAGCAUUGGUUGAUUUCUGGGAUAAGGUACUUGAAGAAGCAGAAGCUCAACAUUUAUGUCAAUCCAUCUUACCUAAUAUGGUGAAACUAGCACUUUGUCUUCCGAAUAUUUGCACUCAGCCAGUACCCCUUCUGAAACAGAAGAUGAAUCAUUCCAUCACAAUGUCACAGGAACAGAUUGCUAGUCUUCUAGCUAAUGCUUUUUUCUGCACAUUUCCACGGCGAAACGCUAAGAUGAAAUCGGAGUAUUCUAGUUACCCAGAUAUUAACUUCAAUCGGUUGUUUGAAGGACGUUCCUCAAGGAAGCCUGAGAAGCUUAAAACGCUCUUCUGCUACUUCAGAAGAGUCACAGAGAAAAAACCUACUGGGUUGGUGACAUUUACAAGACAGAGUCUUGAAGAUUUUCCAGAUUGGGAAAGAUGUGCAAAGCCCUUGACUCGAUUACAUGUUACGUAUGAAGGUACUAUAGAAGGAAAUGGUCAAGGCAUGCUCCAGGUGGAUUUUGCAAAUCGUUUUGUUGGAGGUGGUGUAACGAGUGCAGGACUUGUGCAGGAAGAAAUCCGAUUUUUAAUCAAUCCUGAGUUGAUUGUGUCACGACUCUUCACUGAAGUGCUGGAUCACAAUGAAUGUCUUAUCAUCACAGGUACUGAACAGUACAGUGAUUAUUCGGGCUAUGCCGAAACGUACCGCUGGGCCCAGAACCAUGAAGAUGUGAGUGAGAGGGAUGACUGGCAGAGGCGUUGCACUGAGAUUGUUGCCAUCGAUGCACUUCACUUCAGACGCUACCUCGAUCAGUUUGUGCCUGAGAAAAUCAGACGUGAGCUUAACAAGGCUUACUGUGGAUUUGUCCGUCCUGGAGUUUCUUCAGAGAAUCUUUCUGCAGUGGCCACAGGAAACUGGGGCUGUGGGGCCUUUGGAGGUGAUUCUAGAUUAAAAGCCUUAAUACAGAUACUGGCAGCUGCUGCAGCUGAACGAGAUGUGGUUUAUUUCACCUUUGGGGACUCAGAAUUGAUGAGAGACAUUUACAGCAUGCACACUUUCCUUACUGAGAGAAAACUGACUGUUGGAGAAGUAUAUAAGCUGUUACUACGAUAUUACAAUGAAGAAUGCAGAAACUGUUCAACUCCUGGACCAGAAAUCAAGCUUUACCCAUUCAUAUACCGUUGCGUUGACUCCUGUGCAGAGACCACCAACCAGCCUGGGAAAAGGACAGGGACCUAAGGAUCAGAAGAAUACUGUCUCCUUUCACCUCUUACUGGAAAUAUAUGAAUUGUCAGGUGUAAUAUAAACUGAUUCAACUCCAUAUAAAUGUAUACAUUAUCCACAUUUGUAGUCAAGGAUGCAAUUCCUUCUACAUAUAUAGGAUUUUCACUUUGUAUAUCUAAGCCCCGUCUAUCCUGACUUAUGAGGACGUAGGGUUAUAUUAUGUUUCCAUUAUCUUCUAUUUUAGUCAUCAUUCUUUGAUUUUUCUUUCUUUUGCCCAACAGAGUUCAUGUGAAAUCACAUGGAAGACUGUGCUUAGUCCAGUCAGGUCUCUCAUUAUUGCCUGCAUAUAAUACCAG